CCCAAAGCGCUUGUGGAAUAACUGCACAAACAAACGUGCAUAAUGGGAGGCUGCACCCGCCAGGCAAUAACCACGAAGCUCUCCGUAUAAGCCGGCCCCGAUAGACCACAUCCAUUCUCGCACAAGAACAAACCCGAUUUCGCAUCUCUUUUUCUAGCACUACAUCAUGGCGGAGCAGCCAAUUGUUCUCGAUCAGGGUACUGGUUUCGUCAAGAUCGGUCGGGGAGGCACGAAUUUCCCGGAUCAUACCUUUCCUUCCAUCGUCGGUCGUCCGAUUCUGCGAGCGGAGGAGCGGACUGGAAAUGUGGAGAUUAAGGAUAUCAUGGCUGGUGAUGAAGCGAGCGCCGUGCGCACGAUGCUUCAGAUCUCGUAUCCUAUGGAGAACGGAAUCAUCAAGAACUGGGAGGACAUGACCCAUCUCUGGGACUACGCAUUCUACGAGAGAAUGCAGAUCGAUCCGACCGGUCGCAAGAUCCUCUUGACCGAGCCUCCUAUGAAUCCACUGAGCAACAGAGAAAAAAUGGUCGACACCAUGCUCGAGAAAUACAACUUUGGUGGUGUCUACGUUGCGAUCCAGGCCGUGCUCGCUCUCUACGCCCAAGGUCUUUCCUCGGGCGUCGUCGUCGACUCUGGCGAUGGUGUCACUCACAUUGUCCCGGUCUAUGAAUCGACUGUUCUCAACCACCUCACGCGCCGUCUCGAUGUCGCCGGCCGCGACGUCACUCGCCAGCUGAUCAACCUUCUUUUGAGACGCGGGUAUGCAUUCAACCGAACGGCUGAUUUCGAGACCGUCAGACAGAUCAAAGAGAAGCUUUGCUACGUCAGCUACGAUCUCGAGCUCGAUACCAAGCUCUCGGACGAGACUACCGUUCUCGUUGAGUCUUACACUCUUCCCGAUGGACGCACCAUCAAGAUCGGAUCCGAGCGCUUCGAGGCUCCCGAGUGCUUAUUCCAGCCACAUCUCGUUGAUGUCGAACAGCCUGGAAUCGCAGAGUUCCUCUUCAACACCAUCCAAGCUGCCGACGUCGAUGUGCGAUCAAGUCUGUACAAGGCCAUCGUCCUGUCCGGUGGAUCUAGCAUGUACCCUGGCUUGCCCAGUCGCUUGGAGAAGGAGUUAAAGCAGCUGUGGUUGACGCGGGUGCUGAAUGGCGAUCCGACACGGUUGAGCAAAUUCAAAGUCAGAAUCGAAGAUCCUCCACGACGCCGUCAUAUGGUCUUCUUGGGAGGUGCUGUGCUUGCCAACAUUAUGGCGGACAAGGAGCAUAUGUGGAUCACCAAACAAGAGUGGGAAGAGCAAGGUCCUCGCGUGCUCGACAAGCUGGGACCAAGAUAGACAAAGCAUCAAAGAAAAAGCAUCUUCGCUAGUACUAAAGCUUCACCUGUCUCUUUGUUCAGUAGUGUUUGAUGUGAGAUUCGCAUGAGAUUUGAUUGAAACCGUGUCUGAUAUCGUCGUCGUCGUUUGUUUGGAAUUAGAUUAUAUUAUGCCGGUGUAUUGUAUGUUUGCGUCAACAAUUUGCGUAUGUGUUCUUAUUUGACCUACUUUGUGCGUGCUCUUGCCAUGUGCAAGUUUGAUGUAGACAAGCACUACAACACGAACACAGAUGAUUUCAGUUCAUCAUACAUACAUACUCUCAGCCAACGAACGAUAAAUAACAAAGAACCCAACC